CAUGAACCUACAGUAAACAACAUUUAUUUGAACUGAGAAUCGUCUUGCAAUUAUGACAGAACCACCUGACAGUCAGAAUGUGGCACUCAUAAAGGCAUCUGAUAAAGACGUGAACCCAGUUAAAUUCUCAGAGAGCAUCACAAACCAGAAUGUCUUAGACUUCGGUAACGUUAAUGCUCUUGUAGUUAGAGUAACAAAUGAUAACAAAUAUUGGAUCAUUGGCCUUUCAAAUGGUACAAUAGUUUUAUUACCCACAGAAGACAGUGGAGAUAAUAAAAAUAAUUUCUAUACCCUUCAUGCGGAUAAUGAAGUACUUCCGUGUGCUGAUUUACAGCCUGUCCCCUAUUCGAAUGAACACAGCCAGACUAAUCGACAUUUACUUUUAGCAGCAUAUGUAUCUGGUCAUGCACGUCUAUGGCAUUAUACAGGAGCUACGAAAUCUUCACGUCUUUUGGCCACUUUCACAGAGGAAAGAAUUACAAAUCCAUCGGAUAUUCAACCAAGAAUAAAUGCUGAGAAACCAAUGAAUCAAAUUCUAGCCUGUUCAUGUUCAUAUGAUGCUAAACGUUUUAUAACAGGUGGAGAUGACUGUCAUCUUAGAGUGUAUGAUUUGAAAUCUCGCACACGUCUACGUGUAUGUAGUUCCAGCUUUUCAAAAGAUAAAAUGGAUGGACAUGUUAGACGUAUCUGUGCUGUAAAAUAUCAUCCACGUGGUGCUAUUUAUGAAGACUAUGUACACAUUUUUAUAACUGGCGGUUGGGAUGAUACAAUACAAAUAUGGGAUGAUCGAUAUUUACACUCUUUAUGGAUUUAUCAUGGUCCGCAUAUAUGUGGAUCAGAUGCACUGGAGAUUGAAUCAGAAUCGAAUCAUAUAUUAUCAACAUCUUGGCGUCGAGACAAAGCAAUAUUACAAGUUUGGAAAUUCAAUGAAGAGUUAAUGGUUGAAUUUUACGGUUGUACAGAGCUUCAAGGCGAUGAACUUUCCAUCCAACCUGGGGCAGAAAUAGUAAACAGUCAAACAGGAGCUGCCCACUAUUGUCAACCAGUAGCUGAAAUAGCUCAAGAUGGUUAUGACAGACCAAGUAAAGGUUAUGUGGCAAAAUGGCUUGGUCCUUAUUACAUUGGAUUCGGUGGGUCUGGUGCAAACAUCCUUAAAAUCAUCAGUCGCCUAACACUGAAUGUUGUAGGCUCAGUUUCAGAACUUACCAAUGGUGUUUAUUCACUGGCCUGCAUUCAACCCAAUGGGAAUGAUAAUGCCAAUAGUGGUGGUGUAAAACGCAUAAUCCAGUUUGCAUUCGCUUCAGGUACACGUGUUUAUAUUGCACAAUAUGAACAGAAAUAACAAUGUCUUUUGAAUUAGAAACUAAACAACUCGAAAAAGUUUUUCUACA